AUGCCCACCAAUCGCGCGGCCUGGCAAGAUGCAGCAGGGAAGACUCUGACCAUCCGACCAACACCCUACCCAACAAACCUAUCUCCUACCCAAAUUCUUAUCAAACCAUCUGCCUGGGCUAUCAACCCAUGCGACUACAUGCUUCAAGAUACAGCCUUACCAUUCGUAAAAUAUCCUUUAAUCCUAGGCGAAGAUAUCAGCGGCACUGUCAUCGAGACAGGCAACUCCGUGACCCGGUUCAAAGCCAACGACCUUGUCCUAGCCUUCGCACAGGGUGCCGUCCGAGGCGCACAUAUGGGCGGGUUUCAGGAGUACGUCGUAGCUGAGGCGAGUUUCGCAUGCCUUAUUCCCGAGUAUAUGAAAUUCAGUGAUGGCGUUGUUUUCCCUCUUUGCUUCACCACCGCCUCGCAUGCGCUAUUCAACAGCAAAUUCCUAGCGCUACCAAAACCAGGUCUUGAUAUUGAGCCGGGAAGUUCGGGGAAGUCGGUGUUGAUUUGGGGUGGUGCGUCGGCUGUUGGGAUGAAUGCGAUUCAACUUGCGCGUGCGGCUGGGGUGGAGGUUUAUGCGACUGCGUCGCCGCGGAAUUUUGAGUAUCUGGCGAAGCUCGGGGCUAGCCAACUAUUCGAUUAUACGAGUGAGAAUGUUGUUGCGGAUAUUGUGGCUGCCUUGAAUAAAAGUGUUUGUUCUGGUAUUUUCCAAGCUGCUGGGGCGGAGAGCUCUGUCAAACCAUGUUUGGAUGUUGCGGACAAGACUGACGGGGAUAUAUUUGUUGUGACGACGACGCCGUUGGCGGAGGGGUUGGUUCCUGAAGGUGUGAGGGCGAAAAUGGUGUUUGGGGAUGAGCAUGACGAUAUCUUGGAGAUUUGGGAGAAGUUCUUGCCACAGGCCCUGUUUCAGAAGAAGUACUUGAUUGCACCGGAACCGGUUGUUGUUGAGCAGAAGGGACUGGAGGGAAUCCAAGAGGGACUUGAUAUGCUUAGAAAGGGUGUUUCGGCGAAAAAGGUCGUCGUCGUUGGCGAUUGA